CUCCCAGGCGGCGCGGUGAGCAGGGUUCUGCCGUCCGCCCUGCGCCAUCGCGCUCGCUGCCUCGGUGCCGCCGUCAUGUCCACCGCCAUGAACUUCGGGACUAAGAGCUUCCAGCCGCGGCCCCCGGACAAAGGCAGCUUCCCGCUGGACCACUUCGGCGAAUGUAAAAAUUUUAAAGAAAAAUUCAUGAAGUGUCUCCGUGACAAUAACUUUGAAAACGCUUUGUGCAGAAAUGAAUCAAAACAGUAUUUAGAGUGCAGAAUGGAGAGGCAACUGAUGGCCCCAGAACCUCUGGAGAAGCUGGGCUUCAGAGAUCUGAUGGAUGGAAAGUCGGAGGCAAAGGACAAUUUUUGAUGAGAAGGCUACCACAGGGCCAUAUCCACAGCCAGCUGGAGCAGAGGCCUGCCUCACUGCCCACAAGUUCAGGGGCCCUGAGACCUGCCCCACACGGGGCCUCUGCAGGGCACCCCUCAAACUGCAGUGCCCACGUCAUCCUCUGCCAGCCUUGUUUUCCCUCAAGAAAGUGGUUUAUUCUUAUAUCAGUGUGUGUCACAGGGUCUGUGGGGGCCUGGUGGCAGGAGGCAAGCAUGCCAACAUGCUAUCCCACCCAGUGUGGCUGUCACACCACAGAGCCCGGACAGCUUUCCACACUGACUUAGUCACAGACUGGACUCUUCACACUAGACCUGUCAGUGUAACUAUGCCCACCUUUUCUAAUCACGGCCAUGUACUAGCUGGGUUCCCUUUCUCUUUUUUUGUCUUUUCUUUUUAAACAAAACUGGAAUACAAAAUAGAAAUUGAGGAACUAUUUGA